UCGUUUAUUAUGAAGGCCACUCAAAGUCAAAUUGGUCUGACGUCAUUUCCUUGCGGAAAUCUGCCUACACCUUGUCGAAAGACUCGACUCAAAACACAACAUCGUGAUUGUUAAUCUUACAAUCAUUGAAAGACACAAAGUAUUUCUUAAUUGGUUCAAAUGGUUUCCACUGAUUUCAAAGCGCUGGUCCAAAGGUUUUACCAGCUGCAGUCCGAGCGUCUGGAGACCUAUCGACUCUUUGAGGAAGGGCACGAGGCUUACCUGAAGACGGGGCCCCACUAUGACUUUGAGCACUACAAGCAGCUGGUGCACCAAAUCACGCUGGCGUUCAGCGGCAUCUCCAAGGAAGUUCUGGACAUCAAGGACAAGUUCCAGCUCCACUUGGACCGGCCCGACCUCUCGGAACACAUCGACAAACUGCAGUGCAAAGAAAAGCACAAGCUCCAACUGACAGCUCAACUGCAGCUGGCCCGGCAGCGGGCUCGGGACCACCCGGAAGACCAGGAAGCCUCCCAGGAGAAAAUCCAGCAGCUUAAACAUGAGAUCAUCAAGACCCAAGAGGCGCUCAGCGAGAUCAUGCAGGACUUCAAGUACGACUCGGAGGAGGGUGAUUGACGGGUCGUCCAAAUCUCGUCAGUGAGCUUUUCGUGUUGUUCGUUAAUAUGGAGGCCUGUAAAUUAUUGGGGAAUAGCAUUCUAGUCUACAUAAUGACAUCAUUCAAUACAUUGUAACAAUUUCAACAGUUUUUGCUGCAGUUCAGUGGACAUUGUGAUGUAUGUGCCUUGGCCAUUGCGGGAUGUACAGUAUUUAACACCAACACGCAGAGAUAUUAGUCACUCUUCGCAGAGGAUGAAUAAUAUAUGUCUCUGAGUAUUG